GCCAGAGCAGGCUGGAGUAUUUAAAACAAAUACUGUAUUAGCAUAUGAUGACAACUUACAACUUGUAGCGUGGGGUUACCCUGCCCUAGCCCAAGAACCUCCAAAGAAAAGAAAGGCAUUAGCUAAGCCGCAACCUAAACCAGUAGAAUUAUUCAAAUUACAUCUUGCUGGUAUAAAAGAAGAGGAUAAACCACCGCUUCCUCCAGGCUUAGAUCCAAAGAGAGUCAUUACUGAUUAUUUACACGAGAUGAACAAACUCAUUUUAGAAACAUUAAAUUCUCGAUGGCCAGGUAUACGGUAUCCUCAACAAGUUCGAUUUGUGGUAUCUGUACCUGCUGAAUGGCAAUAUGAAGCGAAAGCAGUUAUGAGAGAAUCUGAGGCUGCCGCGAUUUAUUGCAUGAAAACUUUAAAUGAGCAUCAUUUAUCAGUUGGAUCUUCAUUCUUAAUCGUUGAUUGCGGAGGAGGAACUGUGGAUCUUACUACCAGAACUUUAUUACCUAGCAUGAAACUUGGUGAAAUUACUGAACGUAGUGGUGAUCUAUGCGGUAGUUCUUAUGUUGAUCGUGAAUUCCUUAAAUUCCUUGGUAGAAAAUUAGGUUUCGCUGCAAUGAAAAAAUUAAAAGAAAAUCAUUAUGGUCAAAUGCAAUAUUUAGUUCAACAAUUUUGUUCAAGAGUAAAAUUUUCUUUUAAUGGAAAUCCUAAUGAAUAUACUCCAAAGGAAUUAGAUAUUGAACGUAUAUGUCCUGCUUUAAUGCAAUAUGUUACUGGUCAGGCUAAAGAUCAAAUGGAAGAUGCUGAAUGGUUGAUUGAAUUAGAUUAUCAAACUGUUAAAGAUAUGUUUGAUCCUGUUGUUAAAAAAAUUAUUGAUUUGAUUCAAAGGCAAUGUGCAUCAACAGAACGUAGAUGCGCUGCUAUGUUUUUGGUUGGUGGUUUUAGUGAAAGUCAAUAUUUACAAACUCAAAUUCGACGACAUUUUGCGACUCAAAUUCCAAUUAUUGCCGUUCCUAAACAUCCUAUAGCAGCCAUCGAGCGGGGUGCUUUAGAAUAUGGUUUAAAUAUGGAUAUUGUCCAAACUCGAGUCUUAAAAUUCUGUUACGGUGUAGAAGUAAGCGCGAAGUGGGAAAAACAUGAUCCACCAGAACGUCGUACACCUUCCGGUCGUAUAUUCAAAUUCCAUCGAUUAGCAUUAAGAGGUGUUGAAGUUGCCGUUGAUCAAAAAUUCUAUUAUACUGCUGGUCCUGUAGUUCCUAAUCAAACUGAUAUGACUUUUAAUAUAUAUAUUACUCCUGAUAAUAACGCAAAAUAUUUUAAGGCUACCGCUGUUAAUAAAAGAAAUGGGCAAAUUUAUGAGAGCACUUUCGUUUUAGAAUUUUAA